AUGUCUACGCUAGGACACGGCACGCGCCGCCAACCUGAGCGUAUUGCAAAGACACAAGCAGCCAGAGAGCAAAUGAGCACGCGAACACUCCAAAAAGGCGUGCUUGGUGCCACACCGAACAGCCACUACCUCGCAAUCCCAAAAAAUGUCGAAACAUCCAUGCUGCUGUGUCUACCCGCAGAGAUCCGGAACAGAAUAUGGACUCACGUUGUCUCCGUCGACAAAGUCUACAUUGGCAAAGUGUUCUACGACGAGCCGAUCGACGAGUACCCCGAAGCCAGCAUAUUACGAGUCUGCAGACAGAUACACGCUGAAAUCUGCUUGAUGGCUUACACCGUCAAUGUGUUCUGGUUCUACGAACAUGCGCCUUUUAAAGCGUGGUUGAAACGCAGAUUGCCGGCGCAGAAGGCUGCUGUGAGGAGGAUCCAGAUUUUUUGCAACGGCUGGGAGAAGAGUCCUUUGAGAUCAUUUACGCGCCUAGAGUCUGUGACCGUGUCGUGCGUUUGUGAUGGAAGUCAUGGCACCAAAACCGACGUCAGAUCUUGCCCUACUCCUAAGGAGAUAUUCCAAGCCAUACCCAAGCAAGGCAUAAUACCCAACGCGCUACUUAAAGUCUUCAUAGCUCGCAUCAUGCACGAUGUAAAACACUUCUUCGCCACUGUCCGCAUGACAGUCCGCGACAUACGGAAUCGUAUCUUCUACCCCCGAAAAGUGCGCUACCUCGCCAACGGCCUAAUGGACGCUACACCACUCAGCCCUACAGAAAUAGCCCUGUACGUCCUCGCCCCUCUCGCACACAACCCCCUCCCAACCCAUCUUUCCUAA